CCCUACAGGCUGGAGGGAGGCAGACUCAGGGACCAUGGAGACCCAGAGGGAUAGCCCUUCCUUGGGGUGGUGGUCACUGGUGUUAUUGCUGCUGGGCCUGUUAGUACCCCCGGCCACCACCCAGGACUUGGGCUACCAGGAGGCAGUGCUCCGUGCUGUGGAGGGCCUCAACCAGAGGUCCCCAGGUGCCAAUCUCUACCGCCUCCUGGAGCUGGACCAGGAGCCCAAGGGACAGGAUGACGACCCAAACAACCCAAAGCCUGUGAGCUUCCUGGUGAAGGAGACUGUGUGCCCCUGGACGAUGCAGCAAUCACCGGAGCAGUGUGACUUUAAGGAGCAGGGGCUGGUGAAACAGUGUGUGGGGACAGUGUCCUUGGACCAGAUCGGGGGCUCCUUUGACAUCACCUGUGAUGAGCCCCGGAGUGUCAAGCUAUUUGGAAAAGUGGGUAAUCUCCUCCAGAAAGGUUGGCAGAAGAUUAAGAACAUUGGACGGAGGAUCAAGGAUUUUUUCCGAAACAUUAGGCCCAUGCAAGAGGCCUAAGGUCUGUUUUGCCCUGGCUCAGACUUCUGAAAUCUGAAAAAUAAAUUCUUGUGAA